UAAGCGGGGAACACACACUUUUGCAUAAGCGCAUAGCCAUAAGCAUAAAGAAAUUGAUUGGUCCACAAACAUAUGCCUAACGAAAUGAACCAAUCAAUUUCCUUAUACUUAUGGCUAUGCACUUAUGCAAAAGUAUGUGUUCCCCGCUUUAAAAGCGUGCUCCCCGAACCUAGCCAAUAUCAAUUUGGAUUCUCAAGAAUCUCGAGAUUCUCAAAUUCUUUUGUUCAUUAUCGCCUGUGAUUGAGUAUGGACGUGUUGUAAAAUUUGCUUUCAUUGGCACGUAUCCUUUGCUCCAGAUUUUAAGUAUAUAGAACAAGUGUAUGAUAACUUUAAGAAAAAAUAUAUAAUGUCGGAUACGGCUAAAAAGGUUAUUAAAUGUAAAGCUGCAGUAGCAUGGAGACAAAAAGAGCCUUUAUCUUUAGAAGAAAUUGAGGUAGCACCACCAAAGGCACAUGAAGUCCGAAUUAAAAUAGUAGCUGUAGCACUUUGUCAUACAGAUGCUUACACUCUAGAUGGAUUAGAUCCAGAAGGAAUAUUUCCUUGUAUACUUGGUCAUGAAGGCAGUGGCAUUGUAGAAAGUAUUGGAGAAGGUGUUACUGAGUUUCAAUCUGGUGACCACGUUAUACCACUUUAUAUUCCUCAAUGUAACAAUUGUAAAUUCUGUAAAUCAUCGAAAACAAAUUUAUGCAGCAAAAUCCGCGAAACUCAAGGUAAAGGUUUAAUGCCUGAUGGUACAUCUCGGUUCACAUGUAAAGGACAAACAAUUGCACAUUUCAUGGGUUGUUCAACUUUUUCUGAAUAUACAGUAGUAGCUGACAUUUCUCUCGCAAAGAUUAAUCCUAUAGCACCAUUGGAUAAAGUUUGCCUAUUAGGCUGUGGAAUAUCUACAGGCUAUGGUGCAGCUUUAAAUACAGCAAAAGUAGAACCGGGAAGUACUUGUGCUAUAUGGGGUUUAGGAGCUGUUGGUCUUGCUGUAGCAUUUGGUUGCAAAAAAUCUGGUGCAUCUCGUAUCAUUGGAAUAGAUAUUAAUCCAGCCAAAUUUGAACAAGCUAAAAUUUUUGGAUGUACAGAAUUUAUUAAUCCUAAAGAUUAUAAUAAAUCUAUUCAACAAGUGUUAAUCGAGAUGACUGAUGGUGGAUUAGAUUAUACUUUUGAAUGCAUUGGAAAUGUAAAUACUAUGAGGGCUGCAUUGGAAUCUUGCCAUAAGGGUUGGGGUGUUUCCAUAAUAAUAGGAGUAGCUGCAGCUGGACAAGAGAUCAGUACUAGACCUUUCCAAUUGGUUACAGGACGAGUGUGGAAAGGUACUGCAUUUGGAGGAUGGAAAUCAAAGCAAAGCGUACCGAAAUUGGUCGAGGAAUAUUUAUCAAAAAAUUUGAUUCUCGAUGAAUUCAUUACACAUAAUUUUCCCUUUGAAAAAAUCAAUGAAGGCUUUGAUAUAUUGCAUUCAGGGAAUUGUUUGAGAGCCGUUCUUAAAUAUUAAUAAUAAUAAAUUUCUUAUUUUAUUUGUAAAAUAAGCCUAUUAAGAGAUCUAGCAUGUAUCUUCACAAUCUAUAUAAAGAAAAACAUUUAGAAUAUUAUGUAUAGGUACAUGAAUAUAUAUAUAUAUAUAUAUAUAUAUAUAUAUAUAUAUAUAUAUAUAUAUUUAUAUAUAAAUGAAAUGUAUUUGUUUCUACUUCUUAUAUACAUUUAUAUUGAGUCUUUAGAAAAAAAAAAAAAAAAAAAUAUAUAUAUAUAUUUUACAUUUACUAUAUUAAACUUUCAAAUAAAUAUAUCCUCAAUUUCUACAACAA